CCCGUGCGUUUGGCGGCGGACUGGGCUGGUGGCAGUCCGGGAGUUGAGGUGCUUCAGGAGUCGGCCGACUAAUAAGACACAUGCUGAGAUGAAACUUCACCCAGGGAUAUCUCUUUACAGAACAUGGUUCAGUAAUUGCUGUGACCAGCGCCAUUUGCCUUCUCUCCUUGCAAAGAGAAUUUCGCAUUUGGUAGACCUGAAUACCUUUCAGCGCAGCUCCUUGUGGAGCGCAGUGAGUUCUGUUCUGUUUAAUAACUGGUCAAGGAGAUAUCACCAGACCUCAGCAACACUGUGGAACCACGAAGCCCUGCAAAAAUAUCUGCAGACUUUAAGCCAAGAGUAUCAAAGGAUUAGUCAGUUGCUAGAUGACUGUUCAGUAAGCGAACACCAUCGAAAGGCUUUGGGUAAGAGACACGCCGAACUGUCCCCGCUUGCUGAAGUGACUGAGGAAAUAGAAGAGGCAAAAAAAGAGAUCCAGGAUUUGGAGAGGCUGUGUGCAAAGUUAAACACCCCAGAAGAGAGACAGCUGCUAGAACUUGCUCUAGAGGAAAAGGAAGCUGCUGACCGGAGAAUCAGCACUCUUUGUCGCAAGCUUUUCCAGAUCUUGAUACCGAGGGAAAAAUAUGACAACUGCGAUGCUGUACUAGAAGUGACGUCUGGGAGGACAACUGGAGGUGACAUUUGCCAGCAGUUUACACAAGAAGUGUUUGAGAUGUACCAGGGCUAUGCUGACUUCAAACGCUGGACCUUUGAGAUUCUGAAUUACACUCCAACUGGCUACGCUGGGAUACACCACGCAGCCGCGCGUAUUUCCGGGGAGAGCGUCUACAGGCAUUUGAAGUAUGAAGGAGGUACGCACAGGGUGCAGCGGAUCCCUGAGACUGGCUUAUCUUCAAGAAUGCAGCGAAUCCACACGGGGACCAUGUCCGUUAUUGUCCUCCCCCAGACAGAAGAGGUACAGAUCAAAGUAGACCCAAGAGAUCUGCGGAUAGAUACAUUUCGAUCCAGAGGGGCAGGAGGUCAGCACGUUAAUAAGACAGACAGUGCUGUGAGAAUUGUACACAUUCCUACAGGGAUAACUGUCGAGUGCCAACAGGAUCGAUCUCAGCUGGUGAAUAAAGAAACAGCCCUGCGGACCCUGCGAGAGAAGCUGUACCAGCAGACCAUCGAGAGGGAGCUGAGUAAAAAGACCAGCGCCAGAAAGCUGCAGUUAGGGACAAGAGCUCAGUCAGAGAGAAUUCGCACGUAUAAUUUCAGCCAAGACAGAGUCACUGACCACAGGAUCGCCUAUGAAGUCCGCAGUAUCAAGGAAUUCCUGUGUGGCGGAGCGCCGCUGGACGAUCUGAUCAGCAAAUUGUUGGAAGCAGCAGAGAUGGAAGCUCUGGUGGAACACCUAGAACACAACUGUAAACCUCUACAAGGAGAUUAGUGACUUCUAUUAAACAAACAAAAA